AGGCCUUCCAGGCCGAGACGGACCCGGUGGCAACCACUAAGGUCACUCCAGUUCAGGAUCCUAUCAAGCAGGUGCCCACCCCGGUUCAGGAGCCUCUCCAACAGGCCACUCCACUUCAGGAUCCCCUCAAGGCCGCUCCACCUGGCCCCCCACCCGUGCUGAUUUUUCGGUGUCCGAAUUGGCAAAAAGAUUGCGAUGGCACCUUUGACUUGGUCAAGGACAAAACGGCCAAUGACCAAGCGGUUUGGAAGAAGCGUGGGGGUGAACGAUGGAUCUACCUCACGACAGACAAGGCUUGGGGUGUUGGAGGCAAGAGUGAGUUCGAGCAGGACUUCAAUUGCAAGAACAGCUAUGUCUUCCACCCACGCACCAAGGGAGCUCCCAGCCCUCACCUUUUGCCGAAGGGUUGGAUGCUCUACGACGGAAAGGCAUGGCGGGAGGAUCCUGAUGUGGUGGCUUUGGCACAAGAAGCACCCGCAGAUCCCACAGGUGCUGAUCCACCACCUGCACAGGUGCCUGCUGCCACCGCGCAGGGCGUCGCCGGCUUGAGCAGUUCGGUGUCCUCUGCGCGAUCGCAGGGUCAUGCUGCUGGCGUUGCUGGUUUGAGCAGUUCUGUGUCUUCCGCACGAUCACAGGGCCAUGGCGUGGGGCAGAUCGUCGCUGGCUUGAGCAGCAACGUCUCCUCUGCCAGAUCUCAGCAGGUAGAUGGAGGGCUGCUGGCGGACACGAUCUUGUCCAAGGACAAAGUUGAGGACGAUGACAACAACUCCUGGGAUGAGGAAGGUGGAGGUGGUGACGGGUUCUUACCAACUCUGACUGAGGAGAAACCCGUGCUCUCCGUGGUGCCUCCAGCCACGACCAGUCCACCGGUGGCACCGCCGGUGGCACCACCGGUGGCACCUCCCGUGACGGCUCCGGUGGCGUCUCCGGUGGCGCCGGCGGCGUCCAUCGCCCCGCCGGCGGCGGUCGCGCCGGUGGCGGCGUCCAUCGCCCCGGUGGCGUCCGCGCAGGCCUCCAGAGGAAGUGACUGGCAGACAGAUCAUCAGCAGAGUUUGUCGGGUGCUGACAGGGAGGCGGCGAAGACCAGUGCACGUGACCGGGCGAUGAACGAGUUCGGCUUCGACGACGACGAGAUGGGCCGCGAUCGCGCCAACUCCUGGGACUCUGACUGAGCGCGGGGAUUUGAAGCCGUUGUUGUUUUAUUUGAAGAUUUUGCCUCAUGCCAGUGGCUCUGGGUCAUAAUUGCAAGACACCCUACGCCGGCCCUACGCAUUUCUACGCUUGUUCUGUGGGCUGGCCGGUGCUCGUGAACAAUCAUCUCAAUGUAAGGAGUGGCCACCCUGUCCAUAGUUUUGGGCAUUCUAGUGGUUUUUGACCUGCAGCCAUGUAGGUUGCAUCAAAGAUGGCAAGAGCUUCGGUACAAGAACUUUGUGCCACUGUCCAUAACGCAUGUGUGCAAGUUCAGAGG